GACCAAGAAAGUCUCACGAAUAGUUACGUGAGAUGAUGUCACCGUGUGCAGUUUAUUUAUAAAAUUGUCGACGGUACUGCGCUCGCCUAGUCGCACUUUGAACUUAUUCGAGCAUCGGUUGGGCCGUGAGAGACACAUAAGUCGUCGGCAGCGUUCCCACUUCGCAUCGUGUCGUUGCGAAGGAGCACGUAGAGUUGGAAGUACUAUUAAUAGCGCUCGACACCGAGCAAAACCGCCGCGAAUCGUUCGCAAACUCAACGCCGACGCUGACGACGACGACGACGACAACGACGAAAGUGCAUAAAUUGUCACUAAGAAUACGUUCGGUAAAUUUCUUCCCCAAUCGGCGCCCAUCAACAUCGACAGCUAUACGAGGCUACCAUCGACUGUAUGCUGUUAAAAAAAAAUAUCUACCGGCUUGAGCGAAGUCGAUAACGGUUCAUUCUUCAUCGAAUACCGUACGCUACAAUUAGGAUUCACUUUUUAUGCAAUACGUGUCAUAUCGCAUCAACUCUCUGGAAUUUGACCGUUUGACAGCAGAUACUCUUUUAGGUACUCUUAUACAAAGGUGAAGUAAGAAGAUACCAAGAUGAGCCUACAGUGGAAAUUGAUUGCUGGUUUCCUCUAUUUGGAAGUCACAAUAGUGCUCAUGCUAGUAUUACCAGUGGCUUCUCCAACACGAUGGCAAAGGCUUUUCAAGUCUCGAUUUCUACAGAGCAUAAGCAAUCGAGCUUCCAUUUAUUUUGUGGUCUUACUCGGUGUAUUGGUCCUCUUCUUGUUAGAUGCCAUAAGAGAAAUGCGAAAAUAUUCCACAAGUUUGGAUCACACUGAGCAUCAUCACAAUAUGAAUCUUGAGAUGCAAGAAAACAUGCGACUGUUCCGUGCACAGAGGAAUUUCUACAUAUCCGGUUUCGCGUUGUUUCUCAGCCUGGUGAUACGUCGUCUCGUCCUUUUGAUAUCUAUCCAGGCUAACUUGCUUGCACAAAACGAAGCAGCUAUGCGACAAGCGCAGUCUGCCACGACCACGGCCCGAAGUUUAUUGUCUCAGAGGACGAUUGGGGAAAGCGCGCAGAACGACUCUAAUGAAGCACAUGACAAAGCUGUCUCAGAACUGAAGAAUCAGAUCAAAGAGUUACAAGCUAAGAAUCUUGAGCUCGAAAACGAAUUAACUAAAGAAAAGAAGGAUAAGGAUGCGAUGAAAUCGCAGGCCGACUCACUCGCGAAAGAGUACGAUCGCUUAAGUAGCGAGCAUGCGAAAGUCGCGCAAUCGAACGGUGAUAAGAAGAGCGAUUGAAUGUUUCUAUCUCGUUUCUUUUUUCUUCUAAUUGUUUCAUUCAGACCUAAUUAAAAUUUUUGUUAUGUUAUCUUGAGUUUUGUGUUAUAUAAUUUUAAUAAUACAUACUCUGGGAGUUGUCAUUCAAACAUAUUUAUACCUUUUACUAGAGAGAAAGAGAGAGGGUUGUACAUAUAUAAGUACUGUUAUUACUGAUAUUGGAGUAUAUACUCUUUUCAGUUCAGUACAUCACUCCAUGCAACGUAAAAUCUGCAUCAUUAUUUUUCUUUCUAGAGUAUUAUUAAAUAAACUUCAUUUUUUUUAUGAAAAGGGAUAUUUUCUUUUUAAUAUAGUUGCUUUAUAGCUUAUUUCGGAGGGACAAGUGGUACAUAUAUCAUUGAUAACAAGUGUGUCAUCAUUCGCAAUUGUUUCGUGCCGUAAAGAUAUUGUAUUCUCGAAUUCGUAAUUAAUUAUUACAAGCUACACAUUCGGUAAGAAUACUUGUAGUACGAACAGAAUUAUUAAUUUCCCACAUGUCCUGAACAAUGUAUUUCGAGUAUACUUCCAAUUCCUGCAUUUGCAAUAUUCUCAUUUUAUGCUCGUGUACUUUGGACAAGAAAAGGCUAAUGUUCAUUCCAGUUUUCAAUAUAGAAGUCUUGAAAUUUGUAGAGAUAAAAAUGAUGUAUGUUAGCUUAAUCAGUGAAUGAUAUAUGAAUUAUAUACAAAUAAUUAAUUUUAACGGUUAAAAACGAGACUUAUGGUUGAGUCCAGGGAAUUUUUUUAUUUUGAAACGUUAAAUUCUAGAAUUUCUAUAAACAAGGAACAUUAAAAAAUGGACAUUGGGCCUAUCUUUCGAGAGGUACAGAUUCAUCGAGAAUUUUGCGAGAUUUAAUAUGUUAUACAAUAUAUAUGAAUUUUCUAUAAUGUGCUGUGCUAUACUGUAGGCCUUUGCUCGGGUCAGGCAUCCCGGGCUAUGCUGUAUAUACUUGGAAUUAUAAAUAGAAAUGUACUGAGAACCA